AAUUAAAUAAGCGCGGCGCUUGUAGACCAAAAGGGCCUCCAAAUCAAUCCAGCUAACAGCGGCCGAGAUCUACCCUAUCCCGGCCAUCGCCCACAACGCUAUUGCGCACGAUUGAGAAUCUACUAGCUAGCCGUCGCCGUCGCCCACAACCGAUGAUUGAGAAUCGACUGAACCAGCUAGCUGCGGCCGUCUCCCACAACCGAUGAUUGAGAAUCGAAUGAACCAGCUAGCCGCGGCCGUCCCCACAAUCGAUUGAACUGCUGUCCGCGCCGCUGCUGUCUGCGUCGCUGCUGUCGGUGCUCUCUGUUGCCGCCACCGCCGUCUGCUCCCGCUAGUUGUGAACUUCUCCAGCUCGCCGUCAAGUACUUCUGCCGCUUGCCUCUACAUAGAUGAUGUAGGUUCAUAUGUGCAGUGGCCAUCUCAUUUAGUUUUUUUUUAGGGAGAGGAAGCACCUUCUAAGUCAAAAAAAAGGAAUGAGGCUAAGCAAAAAGCCCGAUCUUUGUAAGUUUAGUGUUCCCCUUCCUGCGGAGUUGUUCUGUUAUAUUGAUGAUAGCCAAUUUGGGAUCGUUGGUGACCGUCAAGACUUGAGUCAAUUUCUUGAGAGUGAUUCUAUUGAUAUGUCAAUUAUUCAGACCUUUAUGCUUUGCCUAAAUGCAAAAUUGGUUGAAUUUGGUCGUGAUGAUGUGGUUCUUUUAUGUCCUUUGAUUUGUUCUUUGAAGUAUUAUGAAUUGCAUAAAAAAGGCACACGGACUUAUUUGAAGCAUGCUCUGGUUCAAAUGUUUGAAAAGAAUCUCAUUCUCUUGGCAUAUAAUGAAGGGUAUCAUUGGAUUUUAUUUGUAAUUUGUCCAAAGGUUGAUAAGGGCUAUAUAUUCAAUUCAUUGCCAAGUUCAUCCAAUUUUGUUAUUCAAGAUGAUCUUACGAUGAUGUAUAGAGUUGCUUCUACUAAAAAAGGUCGUGGCAAAUCAAUCAAAUGGCAUAAUGUCAAGUGUGCAAGACAAACGGGCAAUACAGAAUGUUUGGAAUUCAAGAAGUGAACCAUAUACUACGGAGGAGUUUAAUGAUAUCAGAAAUGCGUGGGCUAGGUUUUUCGUAGACGAAGUUAUGAAUAUGUAGUGGAAUUUUGAACAUGAAUCAAACUUGAAUGUAAUUUAUUUCUACUGUGAUACAAAUUUGAACUACUUUUCUAGUUUAGUUUGUGUGAAACGAUUCUAUAUGUAUCAUGUUGUCCAGGAUUUAUGAAUGAAUGUGUAGUUUUGGCUGGU